AUGAUGGUUAAUCUCUCUGAUCUUUCACAUCUCUCUCAGCGCGGCUGGGCCCAGGUCUUUGUGACGCUGGCUGCCGCUGCCAUUUCAAUCUUCUAUUUCUCCUUUUCUCCCUUUGAAGUUGCGGCGGGAAUUUGUGCUAGCAUUGCUGCUGCGGGCGCCGUCCCGCUGCUCUUUGACGCGGUGCACUACUUGAUUGCCUUCUGCAUCUCAGCGCCGGAUGCGCGCCCUCCGUUGCGGACAGUUUGGACAAAAACGCGGCUCCAGCGCUGGAGUGGGUUGUCGAUCCUCACCUUCAUCGUCUUGGCGUGCGGCUUGUACUUUGCGAGCCCCAGCCCUAUGAGUGCGAGCAAUCUUUUUGCAGUUUUCGCGCUAUCCCUUUGCAAUUCGGUCUUUUCCGCCAUGGUCGCGCCGCGAUGUGGGCGCCUGGAGGUGGUUGAUUUGGCCACCCAUCCGAAUACUGUGCUUUUUAGGGACUUCGGCGCAGCGUCAGCGAUGUCAUAUUGGCAUGGCUACCUUCAGCAUAUUGCCGGCGACCGUGCCGCUCUCGAAGAACGGUUUCGGGAUUCAGAUGUGGGCGGCAUGCGAGUUCCCCGCAAGCUUUACAUUCUGGUUCCGCAGGACUGCGAGGUCAAUGCCUCAGACAACAAGUAUGAGGGCCUCAAAGCCACCGAGCACUACAUCUCGCCCAAACCCAUCACCAUAGGCGGGGUGGUUGAUCGUGAAAUGGGUAAGCACACCCUCUACACCCCCUCGGAGAGUGCCGAGACUGCGAGUGUGGCGUUUGCCAUGGAGCUGGCGAGCCCUCUCAACACGAUGAAGAAUGCGCUGAAGGACGCGGCGGAAGGCUUAUUGGAGCUGCAGAGUGAGGCCUUUUACCUCACCCUCAGAGGCAUUCUGAAGCAGGAGGGCGUUCUUGAUCAGGGCAAUGAUGAAGGUAUGAUCAAACUAGUGUGGGGCAAGAACCGCUCUGAGGUGCUGAAGAAAAUGAGAGCGGAGGACCAGUAUGCGAUGCCAUAA